GACAUAUAAAUGCGAUGUGGCUUUGUGCGUGUCUCACUAGAGGCGGCAACAAUACCUUAGUACAGACAUUUUCAGAUAAGGCAAAUUUUCCUCGCUCAGCUGGAAAAUCCUCCAGGAUGAAAAUCGAGAACAAUAUUCUGACAUGGGCACAUAAGAUGUGGAAUUUCAUGUUAAUGAACCAGAAAAUAAGCAAGGGUGAUGUCAUCCUCGGACUGGGCAACAACGACAUACGUACAGCCCAGCACGCUGCGCACUUGUUCAAGGAAGGUCUCGCGGACUGGCUCAUGUUCUCCGGGAGGGAUGGGACAUUGACGACAGGGAAAUGGGACCGACCGGAGGCAGAAGUGUUCCGUGACGUGGCGGUGAGAGCUGGGGUCCCAGAGAACAAGAUCAUCCUGGAGAUCGAGGCCACAAACACAGGCGAGAAUGUUGCGUUUUCUCACACAGUCCUUGAAUCUCUCAACAUCAAGCCCAAGAAAAUCAUUCUGGUGACAACUCCUUAUCAUGAACGUAGGGCUUAUGCCACUUUCAUGAAACAGUUUCAGGGAGCAGCGUCAAUGGACGUAAUGGUGACGUCACCGGAAAUAACGCUCCAGGCAUAUCCAAAUAAGGAAGUCGGGUCUUUAAAUGACGUCAUCGGUGUGAUAAUGGGAUGUAUGCAGAGAUGUAGGUUAUACCCCGAGAAGGGCUUCCAGAUCCCUCAGGAUAUACCCAAUGAUGUAUGGGAGGCCUACGAGUCGCUGAAAGACCUUGGGUGUUUUAACAACAAUCUCAUCUGACGUCGCCAUGACUCUCUUGAUAUGCGACGUCAUAUAUGACCAUUAUUUUCGUUUUGUACAUUUUUUAUAGAUACACUUAUGUCUUACUUAGAAGGGUUUUGGGGUCGCCUGUAAUAAAGCGAUCUCGUUUCUAUGGUUACGUUAACGUCAGGUGUGAUGGCCACUCGCGGCGUUCCACGAGGUGAUAUUUCGAUACGACAUUAAACCCAUCUCACGCACUCACUCGACGGGAUAUUACUUCAACACUACAAUGCACACUCGGUUAGUAGAUUCACGUCUUUUUUUCUUUGUGAAACCACAAAUGUGUUGGAAGAGCAGAUGGUACAGACAUUACAUACACUCCUCGUUACUUGCUUACUUGGGGGGCACGGGUGGCCCAGUCGUCUAAGGCGCCACAAUUCGCUGUGCAGAGUUGCGUCCCUUGGGCACGCCAGAAACCUAUGAUUGUGGGUUCGAAUCCCAGUUCGCCCCGAUUAUGA